UUGCUAGCGAGCAUAUGUUAAAUUUAGUAAUUCUCUAAAAACAAAAAUAUUUACAAAAUGUCGCAUUUAACAAUUUUACGUCAUAUGUUAAAUAAAAAUCGUCAAUUAUAUCAACAAAUCAAUCAAUUUAGCCGAUCAUGUCUUUGGCAACAAAAAUCAAAUCGUGAAGUUCAAACCAGAAAAAGUGGCUACGGAGGAACCGCAGUUUCCACUGAUGUGCGGCCGUUGGGAGAGAAAAUUAAAGAAAACACAAAAACCGCUAGUUAUGUAGCUAUAAUUGUGGCUGGAGUUGGAGUGACGGCUAUUAUGUUUUGGACUAUUUUCAGUGAACUGUUUUCCAGCACUAGUCCGAACAACAUAUACUCGAGUGCUUUGGAGAAAGUGAAAGAUGAUCCGCGCGUUCAAGAUGCCAUUGGAGCACCUAUUAAGGGUUAUGGCGAAGAGUCGCGAAGAGGACGCCGUCAGCGUGUAGCACACAGCGAAUAUUUACGUAACGGUAUUCCCCAUAUGCGCAUGCAAUUCUAUAUACAAGGCAUCAGAAAUAAAGCAACUGUACAUUUGGAGGCCAGAGAGAAUUCCAAUGGAAAAAUGGAGUAUCGAUACCUUUUUGUACAGCUUGACAGUUAUCCCCAUACUACAGUAAUUUUAGAAGAUAACCGUGGCAAUGAUCCCGAAAUGAAUACGCAAAGUUCGCAAGGUCAACUGGGUGACAAUAAAUUGGCAUUUGUUUCGCUCAGCGGAAAGCAAUGAUAAUUUUUCUAAAAUUUUACAGUUAAAUGAAAAACAUUUCAAAAUAAUAAGCGAAAAACCGUCAAUAAAAUUACCUCCCAAUCUAUUAAAUUUAAGAACAUUUCCGUUACUUUACUGGAAACAACCCAGACUUUAUUUUCACACACGUAUUAUUUGAAUUAAUUUCUAAUUAUGGCAACACUGUUUCCUUCCCGCACUUUUAAGGUUUUCGCCGCAUUUUGCUUCUCGUUUUCUUAAAUAGGUUUGUUUGGUUUAAGUUCUAUCAAAUUAAACACCUAAACUCAAGAUCCAAAAAAAAAAAUAUUACACAAACGAUUUGGCCAGAAUUUGGUAUAGAGAUAUUUGAUAUUUAAAAAUCCCCAAAAAAUGUCAAUAUAUUUUGCGUUCUUGAAAUAAGAUGAGUUUCAGUAUUUAUGCAA